CCUUAAUCAAGUUUGGCUACAAACCUUUAUAAAUACGGACCUCAAAAGCUAUCAACAUCCAAGUUUCGCUCCCAUCUUUUCCUCUUCCUCCGGUCUUUCCUUAAAGAAAACCUCUGGAUCCCGUGACCUAAUUUCUCUCACAAGAUGCCAAUGCAAAUAUUUGUCAAAACUUUGACUGGAAAGACCAUCACUCUCGAGGUUGAGAGUUCUGACACUAUCGAUAAUGUUAAAGCCAAGAUUCAAGACAAGGAGGGGAUACCCCCAGAUCAACAGAGACUGAUCUUCUCUGGCAAGCAGCUUGAAGAUGGGAGAACCCUUGCUGACUACAACAUCCAGAAGGAAUCUACACUUCAUCUUGUUUUACGUCUACGUGGUGGUAUGCAGAUCUUUGUUAAAACUUUAACUGGCAAGACAAUCACUCUCGAGGUUGAAAGCUCCGACACUAUCGACAAUGUGAAAGCAAAAAUCCAAGACAAGGAGGGAAUUCCUCCAGACCAACAACGUUUGAUUUUUGCUGGGAAACAACUUGAAGAUGGCAGGACUUUGGCUGAUUAUAACAUCCAGAAGGAAUCCACCUUGCACUUGGUUCUUCGACUAAGAGGUGGAAUGCAGAUCUUUGUGAAAACUUUAACUGGCAAGACAAUCACUCUCGAGGUUGAAAGCUCGGACACCAUCGACAAUGUGAAAGCAAAAAUCCAAGACAAGGAGGGAAUUCCUCCAGACCAACAGCGUUUGAUUUUUGCUGGGAAACAACUUGAAGAUGGAAGGACUUUGGCUGAUUACAACAUCCAGAAGGAAUCCACCUUGCACUUGGUUCUUCGACUAAGAGGUGGAAUGCAGAUCUUUGUGAAAACUUUAACUGGCAAGACAAUCACUCUCGAGGUUGAAAGCUCGGACACCAUCGACAAUGUGAAAACAAAAAUCCAAGACAAGGAGGGAAUUCCUCCAGACCAACAACGUUUGAUUUUUGCUGGGAAACAACUUGAAGAUGGCAGGACUUUGGCUGAUUAUAACAUCCAGAAGGAAUCCACCUUGCACUUGGUUCUUCGACUAAGAGGUGGAAUGCAGAUCUUUGUGAAAACUUUAACUGGCAAGACAAUCACUCUCGAGGUUGAAAGCUCGGACACCAUCGACAAUGUGAAAGCAAAAAUCCAAGACAAGGAGGGAAUUCCUCCAGACCAACAGCGUUUGAUUUUUGCUGGGAAACAACUUGAAGAUGGAAGGACUUUGGCUGAUUACAACAUUCAGAAAGAAUCCACCUUGCACUUGGUUCUUCGACUAAGAGGAGGAAUGCAGAUUUUUGUUAAAACAUUAACAGGGAAAACAAUUACACUUGAGGUUGAGAGCUCUGACACCAUCGACAAUGUGAAGGCCAAGAUUCAAGACAAGGAGGGAAUUCCUCCAGACCAGCAGAGGUUAAUUUUUGCUGGGAAACAGCUUGAAGAUGGUCGAACCCUAGCUGAUUACAAUAUCCAAAAGGAAUCCACCCUGCACUUGGUUCUCCGUCUGAGGGGAGGGAUGCAAAUCUUUGUCAAGACUCUAACUGGCAAAACUAUCACCCUUGAGGUCGAGAAUUCUGAUACAAUUGAUAAUGUGAAAGCCAAGAUUCAAGACAAGGAGGGGAUUCCUCCAGACCAGCAGAGGUUAAUUUUUGCUGGGAAACAGCUUGAAGAUGGUCGAACGCUAGCUGAUUACAAUAUCCAAAAGGAAUCCACCCUGCACUUGGUUCUUCGUCUGAGGGGAGGAAUGCAGAUCUUUGUCAAGACUCUUACUGGCAAAACUAUCACCCUAGAGGUCGAGAGUUCUGAUACCAUCGAUAAUGUCAAGGCAAAGAUUCAAGACAAGGAGGGGAUUCCUCCUGAUCAACAGAGACUGAUUUUUGCUGGGAAGCAACUGGAAGAUGGGCGAACCCUAGCUGAUUACAAUAUCCAGAAGGAAUCCACCCUGCACUUGGUUCUUCGUCUGAGGGGAGGAAUGCAGAUCUUUGUCAAGACUCUUACUGGCAAAACUAUCACCCUAGAGGUCGAGAGUUCUGACACUAUCGAUAAUGUGAAAGCAAAAAUCCAAGACAAGGAGGGGAUUCCUCCAGAUCAGCAAAGGUUAAUCUUUGCAGGGAAGCAGUUAGAAGAUGGAAGGACUCUUGCAGAUUACAACAUUCAGAAGGAGUCCACUCUUCAUCUUGUCCUUCGUCUCCGUGGUGGCAAUAAUUGAAAUGUCUGCUCUCUGAUGGCAUGUCAAGACAUGAUAGUCUUUCCUUUAGAUUGUUCUGUUUCUAAACAUGGUGACUAGUAUUAUGGUUUUUCUUUUUGGGUUUAUCUACUCUUUAUGUUCUGCAUUUUCCUAGCACAGUACCUCCACUAUCUUUAAUGGAGUAUUAAUUUUGAAGUUGUCUUAAAGUUACACAUCUA